GAUAUAUACUUAUACGUGAGAUGAACCGAUGGGAGCUGUUGCAGGCGAACACCUGCUGAGCCUGCGAGGUGUAAGCUAUCAUUGGCGUGUUCCACUUGCCUGCCACAGCUGGGUGCUAGCCAUUAUCUCAUUGGACUUGGAAAUCUGUACUCCCUCUGCUUCACCAGCUAACACACUCCGGCCUGCGACAACUACCGUCAUGGCAGAUGAGCAAGAUAUUAUGUGUAAACUAGAAAAUAUAAAAGAAAUAAGAAAUAAGACAGUACAAAUGGAGAAACUCAGGUCUCGAUUGAAGACUGAAUUUGAGGCGUUGGAAUCUGAGGAGAAGCAUCUAAAGGAGUAUAAACAAGAGAUGGACCUUUUGCUGCAGGAGAAAAUGGCCCAUGUGGAGGAACUCAGGCUCAUCCAUGCAGAUAUUAACGUGAUGGAGAACACAAUAAAGCAAUCGGAAAAUGACCUGAACAAGUUGCUAGAAUCAACUCGCCGACUCCAUGAUGAAUAUAAGCCUCUGAAAGAACAUGUUGACGCACUGAGAAAGACACUCGGUUUACACAGACUUCCAGACCUCACUGAAGAAGAGGAAAAGUUGUCCCUGGACUACUUUGAAAAACAAAAAGCAGAGUGGCAGACUGAGCCUCAGGAGCCACCUAUCCCAGAAUCCUUGGCAGCAGCUGCUGCAGCAGCACAACAGCUUCAAGUUGCUAGGAAACAAGAUUCCAGACAGACGGCCACAUUUAGACAGCAGCCGCCACCCAUGAAGGCUUGUCUCUCCUGUCAUCAGCAAAUUCACCGCAAUGCCCCAAUCUGCCCUCUAUGUAAAGCAAAGAGUCGCUCACGAAACCCCAAGAAACCUAAGAGGAAACCCGACGAAUGAAUGAAUGUUUACAUUGUCUCUCGUCUUCGCUCUCCACAGAUUCAAAGGAUGAAGAAAGCUUUGUUUUAUGCGUUGACAUUUCAGGAGAUGGACCCAGAAUAUUUUUACUUUAUUUGACUAUGUAUAAAUACUAAUUCUGAAUGAAAAGGUUACCUUUGUAAAUCUGUAGUUAAAUACUGCAGACAUUUACUGGGAUCAAGUUACUUGAAAAUGGGAUUUGAAAGGAAUUCACAAAGAACACUUUUAUUUGGUUUGUGGUUAGAUAUGGAGUCUUCCACAGAUUAAUAUCGAUGUGACAUGUUUUGAUAUGUUUGGUAGCUUCUGAGAUAAUACAGUAGCAUUUAAAGCUUUUUGAGAAUGCCUUGAGUAACAGUUUACUUAGUGUUAGUGUUCAUAAUAUGGGACACCUAAAUGAUGUAUAAUGGAAAGAAUUGUCCUGAUAUCAUGCGAGAGAUACUCAGCCUUAACUCCUUUUCUAAAUAUACUCAGUAUUGUUCUGUCCAAAGCUCCCACGUGCCACAGACAGCUUUACUGUUGUGUAUACAUGAACUUACAUUUUGAAAUAUAGAAGUGCUAUUAUAAUUUUGUUUACAAGCUCGCUGGCCAAGUAAAUGUUAUAAAAGACAAAUGCAGAACAGAGGCCAAGACCAGUUGUAAUCCCAAGAGUGGCAUGGCUUUUUUUUCCGGUUAUGUAUUGUGUUCAUAUUAGUUGUUCAUGCUUUUGUUUCUGCACUUUUGAUGACAUUAUUCAAAACAUUUAUUUUUUUUUACAUUGUUUCACCAUAAUCUGUCUAAAAUGACUAAGUGGUCAGUAUUGAUAAUAUGCAUACCUCAACACAUAACGAAAUACAACAUGUGAAGAGUUACUUAUUCCUCAACAUAGAAUUGUGGUUGAGUGCUCUUAAGCAAAUUAAACAAAAUUUACUGUG